GCUGGGAUGUUGGGGAUGGGACCCCUGCAUGGCCAUGGCGGUGGCGGGGUCAGCAAUGGCGGUAUCGGCAAAGGCGGUGUCAGUGAUGUCGAUGUCGGCGAUGUAGAUGUCGGCAAUGGCAGUGUCGGCCCUGUCUCCUCGGGAGGGAGGCGCUCCCGGCCAUGCAGCCGCCAUUGGCGCUGGCUGCUCCGUGGUUUCCUGCCGAAAUCACAUGGCUCCCGCGUUUCCAUGGAGAGAGCCGGGGUGGGCGCUGCCAAGAGCCUGCACGAGCUCCCCGCUUUCCCGUCCAUGGGAGUGGAACAAAGGGGAUGCACCGAGCCAGGACCGCUCUCGCCCCGCGCCUCGUCCCCCGCCUCUCCUGGAACAUGGAGGCCCUCCAGGUCACACUCAACGAUGUCACUGUCUGUGCGCCCGCAGCGCCGAGUCCUCAUCGCCAAGAUCAAUAGGAGCCAGUCCUUUGCUGGAGUGAACUCAACAGCUGACCGGCCCUUCAGGAACCUCUCGCCCUUCACCCCUACCAUCUCCCGCAAGACUGGCUCCAGGGUCAGUAGGAUGUUCUCAAUGUCCCACAAAUCCCCACCACCCAAGGUGCCUCAGCCCAACCGCCUGGACGAGGUGUACGAAGCUCUCAAGAAGGGCCUGACAGCCUACCUGGAGGUGCACCAGCUGGAACUGGAGAAGCUCAGCACCCAGAUCCGUGAGUCCAAGAGGAAUUCACGCCUGGGCUUUCUCUACGAUCUGGAUAAGCAAGUGAAGUCAAUCGAGCGCUUCCUGCGUCGCCUGGAGUUUCAUGCUAGUAAGAUAGAUGAGCUCUAUGAGGCUUAUUGCAUCCAACGGCGGCUCCGUGAUGGAGCCCACAACAUGGUCAAGGCUUACAGCACUGGCUCACCGGGCAGCCGGGAGGCACGUGAGAGCCUGGCCGAGGCCAGCAAGGGCUACAAGGAGUACACGGAGAACAUGUGUCUGUUGGAGAAUGAGCUGGAGAGCCACCUGGGAGAGUUCCAUGUCCGGAUGAAAGGACUUGCAGGCUUUGCCCGGCUUUGUGCUGGUGACCAGUAUGAGAUCUUCAUGAAGUACGGACGGCAGAGGUGGAAGCUGCGUGGCCGCAUUGAGGUGAACAGCAAGCAGGUGUGGGACAGCGAGGAAAUGGUUUUCUUGCCCCUUGUCACCGAGUUCCUCUCCAUCAAGGUGACGGAGCUAAAGAGCCUGGCCAACCAUGUUGUGGUGGGCAAUGUGUCCUGCGAGACCAAGGACCUCUUUACAGCUCUACCUCAGGUAGUAGCUGUGGAUAUCAAUGACUUGGGCACCCUCAAACUCAGCCUGGAGGUGACCUGGAACCCCUUCGACAAGGACGACCAGCCCUCAGCAGCCAGCACCGUCAACAAGGCCUCCACAGUGAACAAGAGAUUCUCCACUUACAACCAGAGCCCGCCUGACACGCCAUCCCUGCGGGAACAGGCUUUCUAUAACAUGCUGCGGCGCCAGGAGGAGCUGGAGAACGGCACGGCCUGGUCCAUCUCCUCUGAGUCCUCAGACGACUCCUCCAGCCCGCAGCUGCCUGGCAGUGCCCGCCACGCUGUGCAUAAGCCCAUAGUGCAGCCAGAGCUGCAGGCCUCGGCACCCGCCAUCGAGAUUUCCUUCUCCCAGGAGCCGCAAGAGGCUGAGCCUGGCACUGGGGCCAGCAUUCCCACUGCUGAGAGCCAGCCAGAGGAGCCAGGCAGCCACAGGAAGGAAGCGGUGGCCAAUGGCCAUGUGCCCUACUCCCGGACUCUGAGCCACAUCAGUGAGGCCAGUGGGGACACCACAAUGGAGGCCAAGGCUGCAGAGAGCCCCUGGGAGCUCGGACCCAGCCCACAGGACAUGGGGACUGCUGAGCAGGACGUGGACCCUGUCCCUGGUGCCUCAGUGGCAGUGGUGGCACCAGCACAUGACAGGGGUGCUGAGGCCAAGCCUUGUGCCUCUGUGGCAUGGGCCACCACCAGCGAGGCCAAGCCAGUGCAGAGCCAGGCGCCAGCAUGGGGCAGCUGCAGCGCUGGUGUCCCCAUGGCACCAGCACAAGCGUCCACGGAUGAGAGCCCAGUGACAACCACACCGCUGCCCGCCAGUGUCCCUGAGGUGCCCCGGGGGAAGGUGGUGGAUUCCGGUCUGGAGGAGGCCAUCAGCCUCCUGGGCUCGGCCCUGGAUGACUAUCGGGGGCAGUUCCCAGAGCUGCAUCCCCUUGAACGGGAGCUCAAGCACCUGGAGGAGAUGCUGCUGCAGAAGCAAGGUGUCUUCCUCAGCCGGGCCUCCAGCAUCAGCCUGACAGUGGAGCACGCACUGGAGAGCUUCAGCUUCCUCAACACCUCGGACAUGGAGGAUUCCGAGGGCUCUGAGGAAGAGCCUCUCCAAGAUGAGAGGAGGGCUGGCAGAACGCAGCGCAGCAGCAGGGCCCCCAGCGCUGGUGAGACUGGUGCCGAUGACACCAGCAUGUGCAGUGGCUCUGAGGCCAGCACUGAUCCCCUGAGCACUGGCAAUGAGUUCCUGGAUAAGGCCCUGGUGCUUCACCUCAACAACUGCAACCGCCUGCUGCUGAAACUGGGCACCUUUGGUCCCCUGCGGUGCCAGGAGAUGUACGCCCUGGACAGGCUGCUGCAGGAGGCGCAGGUUCUGGAGAUCGUGUGCCAGCUCACAGAGGAGCGAGCGGGAACAGCUGCCUCUGCCACUGAAGUGGUGCAGUUCUCAACGCGAAAGGAGGGUGUGCUGCCCCUCUGGGACUGCUGCGUGGAGGCCCCCAACGUCUACUCCUGCCCUGUGGAGCGGUUCCUGCAGGUGCUCAGCACGCAGUACGCAGCACCCAUCAAUGAGCAGCACCCUGGCCUGGCUGAUGCUGUUUGUGUGAAACUAGUGGAAGAUGUGCUGAAUCGGCGGCUGCCCCGGCGGCCCGGCAGUGCCCAGGGUGAGCAGGUCACUAUCUUCCAGUACUGGAGCCACUUCGAGUCGCUUGGCACCCUGGUGCUUGACACCUACAUGAUGGAGCUGGCAGAGGAAGUGAUGCUGGCACAGAACCUCAACUCGGACGACCAGGACGUGGUGCUGCGUGCCCUGAAGCGCAUGCCGGAAGGCCGCCUCAAGAAGGAGGGACUGAAGGCAUUGAGCCUGCUCAUUGUGGAGGGCAACAGCAAGGUGGUGAGCGCCGUGUCAGCCCAGCUCCGUAGCCUGGCAGAGAACCCCCGCUUCCGACAACGGGCCCUUGUGUGCUACCUGGAGCAGCUGGAGGAUGAGGAGGUGCAGACGCGCGUGGCAGGGUGUGCAGCGCUGGGCUGCCUGAAGGCCAAGGAAAGCAUUGAGCAGCUGGUUUACUUGUGCCAAACUGACAAGGAGCCUGUGCGGGAGGCAGCCAAGCAGAGCCUGAUGCUGUGUGGGGAAGAUGGCAGAUCAGCUCACCGGCAGCUGGAGGAGACCCUGGACAGCCUCCCGCGGAUCUUUGCCCCAGCCAGCAUGGCCAGCACAGCUUUCUGAGACACCAUGCAACCCCUCUGCCAUCCCUUGAGGGCCAAGGCACUGCUGGGCACCAGCCUGGCACAGGCUGGGGCUGCCUGGCCCAUUCCGCUCCCGGCAGUGCACCAUAGUGUCACCCACAUGGCAGCUUGCUGCAGCCACACACUAAUGGAGCACCCAUGGCAGGGGAGUACUCGCUGCACAUCCCACCCUCUGAUUGCUAUUUAAACCACACCGGGCACCCACCUGUCCUGCCCCCCUUGUUGGCUUUUGAAGCAGCAUGGAGACUACCAGAUUUCUGGAGCUGCACUUUGGGGAAACCAUGCUGUUUGUUUUGCCUGGGCCAUGGGGACUGCUGCCCUUUGCCACUCGGAGUCCCCAGACUUCAAUAAAAUGAGAUACGAGAUAUUAAUAUAUUCUUCUGGCGUUUCUUCUUUCCAGCUCCACAUGCUCCUGUCCCUCCCUGGCUGUGGCUGUGGGGAAUGUUAGUGAGAUGGGGCCCCAGCCCAGAGCCUUUCCUGGUCUGCUGGGAAGUGCCAUGGAGGGCAGGGGCAGGAGGAGCAGAAGGAUAGCCAGACCCACAGUCACAAGCUGCGACCUUUUGUUUUUGUUUGAUUGUUUAUUUUUUAUUUACAGAUUUUUGCAGAAAAAAAGCAAAAAAUUCUUUUCUAUAAUGUCUCUAUAAAUCUAUAUAUAAUGUAAUUACAGAGAGCAACUAAUUUUGAUUUAAACCAGAAAUAAACCAAACCUUUAAUGAGUGA